AUCCGUAUCCAGAGCCGUCCAGAGCCCGCUUGGCCCGCUCGGCGCGCGAGCAGUUUAGCUGAUUUAGCGGUAGACGCAGUGCAUGCCCAGAUUUUUCUUGGUGCCAGUGACACCUUUAAAAUAGUUGUAAUAUUGUUAAGACACUGGUUACGUCAUGUAGAUGCUGAUAUCCUACCAAGCAAUCGGUUCCCUCUUCGAACGCUCUACCCUGCACCUCCAAAGGUUUUGAGUCUUUGCUGCCAGGUUCGGAGACCUCCGAGUAUUUUGAAGACUUGCGUGUACAACUCAAAGCCGGAAUCCCAAUGGAAAGAAGACAGCGCACCAAGAGGACCGUGAUAUGCUUGGACACGACAGCCGAGGAUGACGACCAGUCCGGCAACGGCGGCGAUGACAGCGAUGACGACUACGUACCCACGCCAGCAAAGGGGAAAGCUGCGACCAAGACCGCAAAAAUCGCGAAACCGAGAAAGACGUUUCAAGCUACAAAAACUGCGGCACAGGUCGUGGAGGUGAUAGACCUGGUGCAGUCGCCUCUCGUGCCCGUAACCCAACAGAACUCAAAGCCUCUGGCGCCAGCACGUACGAAGGGCAUCCGCAAGCGCAAGUUGGUUCCAGAUGUAACCUGCAUAGAGCCUACCGUUGUCCUUGAUGAUUCUUCUCGUGUCGCUGUCAAGGUUCCGGUCACGAAACGUCGCGCCAACGCUCCUGCCGCCAAGCGGCCCAAGAAGGAAAAGCCAGCAAUGAGUGGGCCCGACAUCCCUUUGGAAAUGAAUCCCGACACGAUGCAGGGCGACCAAAAAGUCUCGUUUCUUGGAAAGAGGGGUGCUGACGACUCAGCUGCCGGGCCUUCCAAGAAGAUAAAGCAAGAGGAUGCUUCCAGCAAGGCUGCGAUCGGUCUGCCAUCCUCUGACGAAGUCAUCGAUGUCGACGCAGAAUGGGAGGCGCGCUACGGCUGGAAGGUGGACCUAGCAGUUUCGGCAACCGUCAACGCUCGUGUAGAUGUCGUUCGCAACGUGGUGGACAUGCUGCAGAAGGACUGCACAAUCCCCUUCAUAGCCCGCUACAGGCGGGAGCAGACGGGAGGUCUGCAAGCAGAUGAACUGCAGAACAUCCAGCAGACCUACCAGAGCCUGCUUUCAGUCAAGAAGAAAGCGCAGACCAUGCUGGCGCAUCUGGCAAAGGAGAAGAAGGGAGAUGCGACGGUCAAGAAGCUCAUCAUCAGUGCCAAGAGCUUGGAAGAACUGGACCACAUUUUUGCUCCUUACAAGGAGGCCAAGGGCAAGUCCCUAGCCCAGAGAGCCAAGCUUCUGGGGCUCGAAGACUCGGCGAACCGGAUACUGCAAGGACAGACCACGGUAGAAGCCCUCCCACCGGAGACUCUAGUCAAACCUGAAGUCAAAGGCCUAGCAUCGGCAAACGACGUGCUUCUGGGAUGGCAGCACAUCAUCGCCGACUUCAUUUCAAAAGACCGGGCUGUUCUGGACUUCCUGUCAAACAUGUCCAAGUCUCCGGGGAUAAUGCUGACGGCCACCAAAUCUUCGUCUGCCGCCAAGAAAGCCAAGGAGGCUCUGACGGAAGGCAAGCAGCAGGACCAUUCCGACAAGAAGUAUGACAACUACAUCAACUUCUCCAGGGAUGUCAGAUCGGUCCAGCCGUACCAGGUGCUGGCCAUCAACCGGGGAGAGUCUCAGAAGAUGCUCACGGUGAAGGUGGUCCUGCCACCAUCGUUUCCAGUGUCGGUGCGGAACUUCUGUGCCAGCCGGGUGCGCGAACAGGGGGCCAAGAUGUAUGGGGGGACGCUGCGGCUGGUGGAGAGUGCGGUCGAAGACGCCUACAGCCGCCUGCUGGAGCCGCACCUUAUUCGGAGCAUCAGGUCGACGCUCACCAAAGUGGCGGAGCAGGAGUCCGUGAACGUGUUUCGUUCAAACCUGCGGCAGCUUCUCUUGACACCUCCGGUGCGGGGUCACGCAGUCUUGGGCAUCGACCCAGGCUUCAAGCACGGCUGCAAGUUAGCAGCUGUGUCAGCGUCAGGCAAGCUUUUGCAGCAUAGCGUGAUCCACCCUCACGCAAGUCCUGCCUCACGCUAUUCAGCUGGCAACAUUCUGAGGCAGCUGGUGGUCACUCACAACUGUGACCUGAUCGCCCUUGGCAAUGGCACUGCCUGCAGGGAGACGGAAGCCUUCCUCUCCGAACUGAUCUCCCAACGAGCGUUCAUGCCGGUCCCGGUCAAGUUUUGCACCAUCGAUGAAAGUGGGGCCUCCAUCUACUCCGUCACCAAGGAGGCGGAGGCCGAGCUGCCAGGCCUGGACCCCAACAUUCGCAGCGCCGUGGGCAUAGCUCGGAGACUGCAGGACCCUCUCCUGGAGUAUGUCAAGGUGGAGCCGAAGCACCUGGGGGUUGGCAUGUAUCAGCAUGACAUUUCGGAGAGUGUCCUCAAGAAUGCCCUGGAGGGAGUCGUGGUGGAAUGCGUGAGCUUCGUCGGCGUCGACAUCAACGUGUGUCCUGAAACGAUCCUCAGGAAAGUGUCGGGUCUGAAUACGGGAACGGCCAAGAACAUUGUGGAGUGGCGCGAGACCCACGGCCCCUUCAAGAACCGGCAGCAACUGCUGAGCGUCAAGCGCCUGGGCAACAAGGCUUUCGAGCAGUGUGCCGGCUUUAUCAAGAUCUUUCCCAAGACUGCGAGGGCCACCAAAGGGAAUGGUUCAAGUGUGCCGGCCCAGAAACAGAAGUCUAAGAAGGUGUCCGAUGAGUUUGAUCCCCUGGACAUGACCAUCAUUCAUCCGGAAUCAUACAGAUUUGCCGAGCUGCUCAUCUGCCACCUGAAGCUAAAAAAGGAGGACAUAGGGAAGCAACACUUCAUUGAAACUGUGAAGCGGGAAUCCUCAAGACUAGGUGUGAACCACUUUGUAAACAUUCUUGGAGGAAGCGUUGCAACCAUGAGCCUGAUCAUCGACGCACUUCAGCAGAACGUUGAGUAUGACAUACGGUCAGAGCAGCACCAGCCUCUGUUCAAGAGUGGUGUCGUGUCCCUCGACGAGAUCGAGGUAGGCCAAGAGCUGACGGGCAAAGUGAAGAACUGCACCCAGUUCGGGGCCUUUGUGGACAUUGGGGUGGGCAAGGAUGGCCUCAUCCACUGCAGCCAGAUGAACGGACACAGGGUCAACCUUGGGGACCGCGUCACCGUUCUGGUGGUCAACCUGGAGCGCUCCAGGGGACGCAUCGGGCUCAGGGUCAUUGGCAAGGGCUGAUUCGAGCGACCUCGGGAGUGAAAGA